AUGGCUCAACCUAAAAUGCCCGCACGAGCACCACGGCCCCAGAAAAUACGUCCACCGGGCGUCGAAGCCGUUGCCCAAGGAGCCUAUCACACUCAGCCUGCCCCACAGGCUCCGGGCUGGAAGCGCGAACCCCCAGUCUCAGCGCAAAUGAACAGGACCCAACCUGCAAACAAGCGCGCCGGUCCCUCAGGGAAAGAAUGGAUCCCUGGUGAGAAUGCCUUCCUGGAUGCUUGCACCUGCACGACAAAUUGCACCUGCCGCAAAGGCGCGCGAGUACUGUAUCGCCACCAGGGUCAGGGCGAUGAAGAACAAAACAUCUGGGGCGAGAUACGGUAUGUCAUAAAAGAUGACCUGGGGCGGGACUGUGGAGACCAUGCGGGGCGUUAUGAAGAGGAUGAAAGCGACGGCGCUGACGGGGCGAGGCAGAAGAGAGGAAAAGGAAAGGGGAAGGGGAAGAAGGGAGCAGAGGAUCUUGAAAAGAUGAGAGAAGAGAUGAAGGGGCUGAGGAAGGACAUCAAGAAUUUGAGGGUCGAAGGUGAGAGGGUGGGAAUGAAUGCGAUGGGGAGGGGUGCAAUAGAUCCAAUGGUUGUGGGUAGAAUGCCGAAUCAAGGUGGAUUCCCAAUGAUGAAUGGAAUGGAUCCGCGUUUGGCGCAACAGCUAGGCGCUGGCGAUCCGUACGGAGUGCGUUUCUCACCGCAGAUGCAGCGACGAAUGAUGGGGGGAAGGCAGGGUCAAAGGCGAGGUGGUGGACUGCCGGGAAUGGUAGAUAUGGAUUCAGAGGACGAUCUAUCCUUCGAACAUGCAGACCGUAUGAUGGACCACAGGGUGGGUGCCGGAAUGAUGAACAUCCCUCCGGGCAUGAGGAAGAUGGGACCAAACCGUAUGAAGCAGCCUAGAGGCCCACGAGCCAGACCACCUCGUAGAGCGCAAGAUUUUGAUCCACGCUAUGAGUAUCCUCCACCACCAGGACGAGGACCAAAUCCUCGCCAAAGAGUUGGUCCGCCGCCGCCACCACCUGGAUACAAUCUCGAUGAAGACAGCAUGGGGAGUGGUCUUGAUGGUAGGGGUCGCUUCGGUCCUAGGGUCGACGAUGAAGAUCGUCCAGGUAAGCUAUCAAGCAAGCGGGAUUAA